CAAGGACCCUUUGUCUUCGAUGAUCUCACUGGCAUUUAAUUUACUUGUUGCAGAAACUGCCUGUUCCUUACACUCUGCGAGUUUUGCUCAGACUUGACUUUCACAACUCAAAUUUCAGAAUCCAUCUUCUCUGCCGCCUCGUAAUGGCUGAUCCUUCUUUCCAACGGAGCUAUGAUGUGUUCCUGAGCUUUAGAGGAGAAGACACCCGCAAUAGCUUCACUGCCCAUCUCUAUAAGGAGCUACGCACCAAAGGAAUCAACACGUUCAUUGACGAUGACAAGCUUGAGAGGGGUGAUGUCAUUUCUUCUGCGCUUGUUGCGGCUAUUCAAAACUCCAAGUUUUCUCUCGUUGUUUUGUCAGAAAAUUAUGCAUCUUCCGGGUGGUGUUUGGAGGAGCUGGUGAAGAUUCUAGAGUGCAUGAGAACCAUGGGACAGAGGGUUCUCCCCAUUUUCUACGAUGUGGAUCCCUCGCAUGUAAGACAGCACAACGGAAAAUUUGGAGAAGCACUGGCUAAACAUGAAGAAAAUUUGAGAACUAUGGAGAGGGUGCCGAUUUGGAGGGAUGCUCUCACUCAAGUUGCCAAUUUAUCCGGUUGGGAUUCCAGGAAUAAGCAUGAGCCUAUGCUUAUCAAGGGAAUUGCCACUUAUAUUUGGAAUAAAUUGUUUAGUAGAUCCUCAAAUUAUGCUGAUCAGAACCUAGUUGGAAUAGAAUCUAGCAUACGAGAAAUAAAAUCCCUGCUAUUUACCGAGUCUCUAGAUGUUCGCAUGGUGGGGAUUUGGGGCAUGGGCGGCAUAGGUAAAACAACCCUUGCCAGAGCUGUUUAUAACCAAAUCUCUCAUCAAUUUGAAGCUUGCUGCUUUCUUGAAAAUGUCAGUGAUUAUUUGGAAAAGCAAGAUUUCCUUAGCUUGCAAAAGAAAUAUCUUUCUCAACUAUUGGAAGAUGAAAAUCUAAAUACAAAAGGAUGCAUCUCUAUAAAGGCUUUGCUUUGUUCUAAAAAGGUUCUCAUUGUCAUUGAUGAUGUGAACAAUUCAAAAAUAUUAGAAGACUUGAUUGGGAAGCAUGGUUGGUUUGGUAUCGGAAGUAGAAUCAUCAUAACAACAAGAAAUAAGCAGUUGCUAGUUACACAUGGGGUGAAUGAAGUCUAUCAGGCUGAAAAAUUAAAUGAUGAUAAUGCGGUUGAGCUCUUCAGUCGAUAUGCCUUUAAAAAAGCCCAUCCUAUAGAUGAUUAUGUGGAGCUCUCUCAAUGUAUAGUGGUUUAUGCUCAGGGCCUUCCAUUAGCUCUUCGAGUUUUAGGUUCAUUUUUAUUUGAUAAGAGCAAACGGCAAUGGGAAAGUCAGUUGGAUAAACUAAAAAAAAUUCCUAAGAAGGAAAUUCAAGAUGUGCUUCGAGUAAGUUUUGAUGGGUUGGAAGAUAACGAGAGAGAUAUAUUUUUGGACAUCGCAUGUUUCUUUCAAGGGCAUGAUAAAGAUUAUGUAAUGGAAAUAUUCAGAUCUUGUGGUUUCUUCCCUGAUAUUGGAAUAAGAGUUCUCAUUGAGAAGUCUCUUAUAUCUGUUGUUGAGAAUAAAUUGAUGAUGCACAAUUUGUUACAAAAAAUGGGUCGGGAAAUUGUUCGUGAAGCAUCUCCUAAGGAACCUGGAAAACGCAGCAGGUUGUGGAUUCAUGAUGAUGUAAAUCAUGUAUUGACAAAAAAAACGGGAACCGAAGAAGUUGAAGGAAUAUCCCUUGACUUGUCCAGUUUGAAAGAGAUAAAUUUCACUAAUGAAGCUUUUGCACCGAUGAAUAGGCUCAGAUUGCUCAAAGUCUAUACAUUGAAUUUUCUCAUGGACUCCAAAAGAGAGAAGUGUAAAGUGCACUUUUCCCGAGGCUUUAAAUUUCACUGCGAAGAACUGAGGCACCUAUAUUGGUAUGAAUACCCUUUGAAAUCACUGCCCAAUGAUUUUAACCUCAAGAAUCUUGUUGACCUCAGCAUGCCUUAUAGCCAAAUAAAACAACUUUGGAAAGGGACCAAGGUUCUUGAAAACUUGAAGUUCAUGAAUCUCAAGCACUCCAAAUUCUUAACGGAAACCCCGGAUUUCUCAAGGGUUACCAACCUUGAACGGUUAGUUUUAAAAGGUUGUAUAUCUUUGUAUAAGGUUCACCCAUCACUUGGAGAUUUGAACAAACUCAAUUUCUUGAGUUUGAAAAAUUGCAAAAUGCUGAAGAGUCUUCCAAGUUGCAUUUGUGAUUUGAAAUGCCUUGAAGUAUUUAUUCUUUCUGGUUGCUCAAAAUUUGAAGAGUUACCUGAGAAUUUUGGGAACUUAGAAAUGUUGAAGGAAUUUUGUGCGGAUGGAACUGCUAUUAGGGUACUUCCCUCCUCUUUUUCUUUAUUGAGAAACCUUGAAAUAUUAUCCUUUGAGAGAUGUAAAGGACCACCACCAUCUACCUCAUGGUGGUUGCCAAGAAGAAGUUCAAAUUUCAGUAAUUUCGUAUUGUCUCCUUUGUCAAGUUUAAGCUCCUUAAAAACUCUAAGCCUAAGUGCCUGCAAUAUAUCAGAUGGAGCAACUCUUGAUAGUCUUGGCUUCUUAUCUUCACUGGAAGAUUUAGAUUUAAGUGAGAACAACUUUGUUACUCUGCCUUCAAAUAUCAGCCGACUUCCUCACUUGAAAAUGCUUGGGUUGGAAAAUUGUAAAAGAUUGCAAGCACUGCCAGAGCUUCCAACAAGCAUACGUAGUAUAAUGGCUCGUAAUUGCACAUCAUUGGAAACAAUCUCAAAUCAAUCAUUUAGCUCCCUACUAAUGACUGUCAGAUUGAAGGAACAUAUCUAUUGCCCAAUAAAUCGGGAUGGACUUUUAGUUCCUGCACUUAGUGCAGUUGUUUUUGGGAGUAGAAUACCAGACUGGAUAAGGUACCAGAGCUCAGGGAGUGAAGUAAAAGCAGAGCUACCUCCAAACUGGUUUGAUUCCAACUUCCUGGGUCUUGCUUUGUGUGUUGUCACUGUUCCCAGGCUGGUGUCACUUGCUGAUUUUUUUGGUCUUUUUUGGAGAUCAUGUACCUUGUUCUAUUCCACAUCCAGUCACGCUUCUUCCUCCUUUGAUGUUUACACUUAUCCAAAUCAUCUUAAGGGAAAGGUGGAGUCAGAUCACUUGUGGCUGGUUUAUGUACCGCUUCCCCACUUCAUCAAUUGGCAGCAAGUCACUCACAUCAAGGCUUCAUUCAGAAUAACCACCUUCAUGCGCCUUAAUGUAAUUAAGGAAUGUGGGAUUGGUCUAGUGUAUGUUAAUGAAGAGUUGAAUUACUCUCCCUUCUCUCCUCCUCCUAAUGAGUCAUCUGUUGUCCUUCAAGAAAUCCAUGGGGAGGGAUCUAGUGGAAGUGGGAGCUCUAAUAUUGAUGGCUCAGAAUCAGAGAACUCCGAUUACUAUUCUGCUGAUGAGGGGGAACCCUCUGCACCCCUGCUGUAAGGAUCACUCUCAAUCAGAGAUGUGGCCAGAGAAACACUUGCAAUGCAGCCAUUAUCAGAGCAUCCCUUGAUGAGGAGGAACUAGCCAGACAAAUGCCUGAUUUGCACCCAAAUCUUUCCAUAACAACUCUUGGUGAGUUGUGUGCUUCCUUUGUUUCUUUUCCUGAAACUGACUUUGAGUUGCUUAGCAAAAUACCUUACUUUCUAGUAUUCUGGAAACAUCAUAACUGUUGGAGUUUUUGGGUUGUGUAUUAGUGGUGUUGCUGACUAGUUUUUGGAGUUUGAUACAUGUUGGGUUGUUGUUACUGGUUUUUGCUUCAAGUUUGCCUUGAUACAUGUUGAGUUGUUUAGCAAACUCUCUUGACAGAUUUUGGUUUUCUUUCGCACAAGGUAUUGUGAUACAUCUCUGUUCAUAUUCCCAUUUUCAUUCUUAUUCUCAUGUACUAAACAUAUACCCUUAAGGGCAUAUGUUCUCUUCCAAUGUUAGAACGAAACAGAUCAUGAUCAUUGUUUUUGGGAUAUGUUCUUUUAUCUGAAUAUGAUAGAGCUAUUACAGUUAAUGGUUACUUCGUAAGAAUUGUAAA